ACCAGUGGGUGUUGCUCCUUGCCUGGAAAACUCUCUAGUGAGGCGCCCAAGUUUCACAGUGACAGCUUUCACCGCUCUUGGAAAAGGAAAAAGCAGGAGAUCCAAGCGGCACAGAUCUCUCCAGUACCCCAAAUGCUUGUUCCCUGAUGUCCGCUUGCCGGCUUUGGCCUCGUAAAGAAGGUAUCUUUCUCCCCAUGCUGUCAGCUGGAUAGCUGAGGGAGUUCUACUUCUGUCUCUCUUGGGGCACCAUGUUCCUCUAAAGCUGAAGUGCAAGCUUCCUCUGUCCAGAGGCUGGAGUGGAAGCGAACCAAGUUGGGAAAGACUUCAGAGUCCAACUUGAAGGCCAUCCCUGCACCUGGUGCUACCAAACCAGUGGUUUCUGUCGUGAUGUGGCCCAAAGCCAAGGAAGCACAGCAGCUGAACAUCAGUAUGAGACACUGGUUGGUCUUUUGCUCAUGGUUUUUAGUGAGCUGGUCUUUUCAGCCCGCCAAGGCAGGAUGUGCCAACCGGGAGACCCACCGAUGUUGUCCUGGUCGGAAUAACGAUUGCUCUGACUUCUCCUGGAGAAGAACGCCCUGUUACUGUGACACAUACUGUGAGAAGACGGGGGACUGCUGCGAAGAUUAUCACGCCAUCUGUCAGGUAUCAGCUGUGGAUUGCGUGGUGGGGCCGUGGGGACCCUGGAGCGACUGCAGCUCUCUCUGUGGCACUGGGAGCAAAGACCGCAUGCGCCAGGUCACGGUGCCGCCGCGGAACAGAGGGACCCCCUGCCCGGACCUGAAGCAGAGGCGAGGCUGCCUGGGGGACAACCCGGUUUGCGAGACAGCCAAAGAGGUGUCUAAGAUCCUACCUGAUUCUUUUAAGAGGGACUUUAAGGACCCAUGGAGAAGACCUCACAUGCUCCUGAAGCAUAAGAUGCCAAGCUACUGCAUCUACUUCCGCCUGAAGCAGGCCAGCCUUGCCUGCCAUCUGCAUUUCUGGAGCAGCCAACUGGUGAGGGAGCGUCGGGUUUGUGUGGAGUGCCAAGGGGGAGCUGUGGGCAGCAAGAAGAGGUGCCAAGGGGACGGCCUACAGGGAUCCAGAACAUUCUGGACCGCCGCCUCCAUUGCCGGCUGUCAAGGAUCCUGGGUUCAAGAGUCACUACAGGACAACUGUGUCUGUCCAGAACUUUCCUUUAUUUUUGUAUGACGCCGCGUCGAGCGGGACAAAGGCCCAGAGAGGGAGAAGUGAAGGAAAUUCCAAAUGCAAAACUGACACUGCUUUAUCUUACCUCGGCUUCCAUAUCAAUCCAUGCUCUGUAGCCCUUGUCCUGUGCCUCUGCCUAAUCCAUUUUCUUUCUUUUCUUUUUAGUGGCUAUGUCACUACAUUGCUAUUGCUACAACAGGAGAGCUUCUUUUUCAGCAAUGACACCUUUAAAAACAUUGGUACAAAGGAGCCAACGGAAGCUUCUCUUUUUUUGCAGAGCUUGGAAGUUAAUUACCGUACAUCACACCCUUUGUCAUGAGUUACUUUUUGUUUUUGGAACGUCGGCAUAGCGCUGCAACACCGUAAACUGGUGCAAAGUAUUUUUAUUUGCAGGACAAACAGUGGACUCGGGUUACUUCUACAGUGUAACCAACACUGAAAAGCCAAUGGUGUUUUGAUGAGAAUGCUCCAGAUUUUACGUCGUUUUUUUACCAAGCCUAAGCGGGAUUUGUUUGUGCCCAGAUCACAAAUCUCUUAAACUCAUCUUUGAUCCUAAUUCUGUCUUCUGAUAUGUUGGUGCUGGUGGAAAAUGUCAGGAACAUCCCUUCUAGUCCUGUAUUAAAGUUGCUUCCAAAUGUGUUGAACAAACUGGGCCAAGGAUAGCACCCUUUGGAGCCCCACAUUUCACUUCCCUUCAAGAUAAUCAGCUGUGAGAUCUUGAUAGGGAUGGUACCUCUGCCUGCUACAAAUGCGCCUGGCCCUAGCAUUGUCUCUAGUCCAAAAUUAUAUGUUCUCUUCAAGAAUAUCACAGGGGACUUUCUCAAAAGCCUUCUGGAAAUCAAGAUAAACUACAUCUAUGACAUUCCUGUAAUCUACCAAUUUGUAACUUUCUUGUAAAAACAAAAAGAUAAAAUUAAUCUGGCAUUGCUUGAUUUCCAGAAA